CCAUCUAGCCACUUUUCCCACAAUUUCUCCCCUUUGUGCAAAGGUCCUGGACCCCCGGGGCAUCUCGUAUGGCUCCUCGCGGGGGUGGCCGGCGGUGGGGGAUGAGGGGGAGGGCGACACGGUGGUGAUGGGCGAGCCGGCCGAGCGACCGUUGACUCCGCCGUGCCGGACGACGGAGUGCCGACGCGGGAGGAGUUAUGAGGCAGACAACGAAAGUCCGCUUGGUCGGAGGAGGCCCUCUCACCUCCGGCUGUCGAAGUCGGAGGGAAAAAAGUCGCCGUCCGCCCAGCUGUCCAAGACGAACGUGCAGUUUCACAAGUUGUUCAAGGAAGUGAGCCGAGACGAAGCGCUCACACAAAGCUACACAUGCGCCCUGCAGAGAGACAUCUUGUAUCAGGGCAAAAUGUUUGUCUCACCAAACUGGAUCUGCUUCCACUCCAAAGUCUUUGGCAGGGAUACAAAGAUCGCCAUCCGUACGGCGUCUGUGACAUUCAUCAAGAAGACGAAAACAGCACUGCUGGUGCCCAACGCCCUGGUGAUCGAAAGCACACGGGAGCAGCAUGUCUUUGUGUCCUUCCUGUCUCGUAACACCGCUUACAAGUUCCUGAGGUCCGUGUGCAUUCAUCUGGAGGUGGAGAAGACAUGCAGCAGUCACGUGGCCUCCGCCUGCGAGGACGGCUUUGGAGUCAAGCUCCUGCCAUCUCUUCCUCUGCAGUGGGCCCAUUGUAUAAAUAUUCCUGUGCGCGCUCGGCAGGACUUCAGCCGCACAUUCUCUGACCUGGAUGGCGUGGUGCGACAGAGGCGACGGGAAAUGGAGGCGGAAAGUAGUAGCAGUUCUGGGUCGCAAACUCCCGAUUGUGACAAAAUGGACGAAUUCGCAGGCCUCCCCGACCCGUUUCUGAGCAGGGAGGUGUCAGUGCACGCCGACGUCCACCUGCCGCCAGGCCAAAAGAGCCGAGGCAACAACGCCCAGAAUUUGACAACGGACAAAGCCGGGCCUCACCCGACCUCGCUCUCCGUGCUGCUAAUCUAUUUGUUCCUAGUCGGCGUCCUGCUAAUGUCCUCGUGUUACAUGGCUUUCAAGAUGGCGGCCCUCGAGCAUCGCUUGAAUGCCAUGAUGUCCGCCAGGGAUCGUUUGCACGGAGGAAACACAGUGACGGUCCAGGAUGCCGCGAUCGUUGGCGAACUCUCCGCUAGCCUGAUUAAGCUUGAAAAGAUUCAGGGAAACCUCCAGAAGCUUCUGGAUGAAACCUAAAAAAGAUAUGGACAAUGAUCUCCUCAACUCAGGAUUAUGUGACUCCAUUGAGUAUCGAUCACCUGUAGUAUUCAUGCCCUCAAAAAAAAAAAAAAAAAAGGGCCCCCUUUGGAAGCACUCCGGAGCUUCUACUGUUUUUAUGUACCGUACCUUUAAAAAAUUGUGCUGAAAUGAUUUUUAUGUAACUUACUUGUAUUUUUAAAUGCCACUUAGACAGCUCAGACUUGUCCAAGUUAUUUCAUAUGCAUUUUCACAGCUGCAUUUCUUGUCCAAAGGUCCAGUCUGUCAUUUCUGAAUAUUUGCCCAUUGUAAAUGCUAUAUUUUUAAAAGAAUUUAAACAAGGGAUUGAAUCGGUUAGAGUGCAACGUUACACAUGUUGUGUGUAAAUACAUUAUGUUCUGCCCUCAACUUUUUGUCCAUUAAAAGCGUUUCAGAAGGG